GGGUUCCCCUGUACGGCCUCCCAUUGCCUGCUGACUUCAUCGCCAGACUCUGCCCAUGUGCCACUUUUCAGGUCUCCUCACACUGCUGGUGGGUUCCAUUUUGUCAUAAGGGUGCUGUAUGGCCUAUCCAUUGCUGCUGCCUCCACCGCCACAACUGUGGCUCCACACUCUGGUUUUGGCCCUCGUAGACUGCCCAAAUGAGUGAAGUGUGCAGUGAUUCUAAGAUCGACGGCACUCAUCUGCAUGUCAUACUGACUGACAGUAUUAUUUCUCUUCCCCAGCAGACUCCAAGGGCAUUUAAAUUAAAGGUACAGUGUUCUGCACUAAUAUAA